UUUGUCCUUGUCCGAGCUCCCAACAAUGUCUUGCGCUCCCCUCAUACGUCACCCGCACAACUCACAAAUCAGAAGCACACACCCGCAUCUCUCCUCUUCCUCAGCUGCUGCUUCAGCGCCCCACUCCAUCGCGGUCAAUGGCCCACUCCGCCGUCGCUGCCGUCCUGAGGCGGGCCCACCUCGCCGGCGUCAGCUCUUUGGCCGGCGGGCGACCGCACAGGGCGGAUCGCGUCUCGUUGCUUCCUCUAGCAAUCUCGCCGCCGCACGUUUCGUGGCAGCAGGGAUCUGGAGUGGCUGCUAGGAGGCGCGUCUGGGCGAGUGCGAGUGGUUCCUUCGAGCAGGAUAGCAUUGGGGAGGACGCGGUAUUGCCUUCUCAGGUAGUGGAGGAGAGUAAAGUAGAUUUGCUGAAGAUUCUAAAGAGUGCCAACUCCAUUAUUCCCCAUAUAGUGUUGGGGAGCACAAUUCUUGCUCUGGUGUAUCCGCCUUCAUUUACAUGGUUCACAACCAGGUACUACGCACCAGCUUUGGGAUUCUUGAUGUUUGCUGUAGGUGUAAACUCAAGCCUGACGGAUUUUAUUGAAGCAAUAAAAAGGCCAGAUGCUAUCGCUGCAGGCUACAUCGGACAGUUCAUUAUCAAACCUUUGCUUGGAUUCCUUUUUGGCACUGUUGCAGUUACACUUUUUAACCUUCCAACUGCUCUAGGUGCUGGUAUCAUGUUGGUUUCAUGUGUGAGCGGAGCACAGCUUUCAAACUAUGCAACUUUCUUGACAGAUCCACAUAUGGCUCCUCUCAGCAUUGUUAUGACAUCAUUGUCAACAGCUACUGCAGUUUUUGUCACCCCAACAUUAUCUUACAUGCUUAUUGGCAAGAAAUUGCCUGUGGAUGUCAAAGGGAUGAUGUCCAGCAUUGUUCAAAUAGUUGUUGCUCCAAUUGCAGCUGGUUUGCUUCUGAAUAGAUUCCUUCCAAGGCUCUGUGCGUCUAUUCAGCCAUUCCUCCCUCCUUUAUCGGUGUUUGUGACUGCUUUGUGUGUUGGUUCACCAUUGGCGAUAAAUAUUAAGGCUGUUUUGUCUCCGUUCGGAUUAGCCAUUGUGCUUCUCCUUUUUGCAUUCCAUACCUCAUCUUUUGUAGCUGGUUAUCUUCUUGCUGGUACUUGGUUUCGCAAGUCAGUUGAUGUAAAGGCACUACAAAGAACAAUAUCCUUCGAGACAGGAAUGCAAAGUAGCCUUCUUGCUCUUGCUUUAGCAAACAAGUUCUUCCCAGACCCACUAGUGGGUGUGCCUCCAGCCGUAUCAGUUGUGCUGAUGUCCUUGAUGGGCUUUGCUCUUGUCAUGGUAUGGUCCAAGAGAACAGAAGUAUAAGCCAUCUUGAAGCCACUAAGCUUCGAUAAUCAGAUGCGACAUAAUUAUCUGUCAAAAAUUAGUUAGUCUAACCGAUUGCAAUGUUCAUCAGAGGUGAAGAUUGCAGCCAAGUGAUUAUCAUGGCAUGAUAGUGCUCAUGUUUCUUCCCCUUUUUUCCACAUUCAGAGCAGAUCCUACUUCUGCACCUUGUGACAAACCAAGAUUUCAAGUGGCUCCAGGGCUGUCAGGAUUGCAAAAACUUAUGCGAAAGAACCUCUGUAAACUUUUGUUGGAUGCAAGAAGAGCGCCGCCCCCCCCCCCCCCCCUGGAUUGGAAAGAAACAAAUGAGCUUGCCCUUGAUUCUUUGUUGGUUAACUAGUUUUCCUGAAUUCAUCUACUGCUGUUGUUUCUGUUUCUAUUUAUCUAGAGAACGGGUUCAUAUGGAAAGAAAAAAAUGACGAUCCUCAAAGAAAGGUGAGAAACGAUGGUUCUAUGUGGCGAUGGAUUAUUUGAAGUUGAAAAGCUUACGAUGUUUCUUACCUGGGAUACCUGACUGUUAGCUAAACCCAGUAGACCCGAAGCUGAAGUUCUGACCGACUUGUCAGUUGUCACAGGGCAGAUUGUCCCAUUUGUUGUCCAUGCAGAUGCAGACGCCGUUUUAACCGCUGCUGGUUCUUACUUAAAAAACAAAAACCGCUACUGGUUAAAUGCUCAUGGCAUGUUGGCAA